CAAGAAUGAACCAAGGGCACUUUGCUUUUAGCCUUUCACGUAAAAAGAGGUGUCUUUCUGCCUCCACCGCUCGUUCCCUUCUCUUCUCUGGCGUGGCGGCCAUGGCGUCACCUUCUCACCCUUCAUCUCUUCCGACCCAUUCGUCCGUAAAAACCCAUGCAACCAUCCGACGACUCCUUUUCCCCAUCUUUGCCUUGCUCCUCCACCUCUCUCUGUCUCCGGUCGUCGCAUUUUCCGGCACCAGCAAUGUAGAAAGCUCUAAAACUAUCUUGUUUUCAGAAAUACUGAAGCAGGAGGCUGUGGCAAGGCUAUAUGAGCUUGGAAAGGUGAGUGAUGCAGUUAACUAUCUUGAGAGGACAUUCCAAAGUCCUGCUUCUAUAAGGGCUGGGAACCUUAUUCGUUCAUGGAUGGAGGAUGCCGGUUUGAGAACAUGGAUUGACCACAUGGGAAAUGUUCAUGGACGAAUCGACGGAAUUAAUCCAACUCAGAAGGCUUUGCUAAUUGGAUCUCACUUGGACACUGUUAUUGAUGCUGGAUAUUUUGAUGGUUCACUGGGAAUAGUAUCGGCGGUAUCUGCUUUGAAGGUCUUGAAAGAAACUGGGCGGUUAGGGAAACUAAGACAGCCAGUUGAGGUCAUUGCUUUCAGUGAUGAGGAAGGGGUUAGGUUUCAGUCUACCUUCUUGGGUAGUGCGGCUAUUGCCGGUACUUUACCAGUUACAACAUUGCAUAUAAAUGAUAAGGGUGGAGUGACAGUACAAGGUGCUCUAAGAGAAAACUCUAUUGAAAUUACUGAAGAGGCCCUAUCAAAGCUCAAAUAUGACCAAGAAUCUGUUUCCGCAUAUAUUGAAAUUCACAUCGAGCAGGGUCCGGUAUUAGAGAAUCGUGGCCUUCCUCUUGGUUUAGUUAAAGGCAUUGCAGGACAGACGAGGCUAAAGGUUAUUGUGAGAGGCACACAAGGGCAUGCUGGAACUGUGCCCAUGGAUAUGCGCCAGGAUCCUAUGGUUGCAUCUGCCGAACUGAUUGUAUUAUUGGAAAACCUUUGUAAACAACCCGAAUAUUAUCUCUCAUAUGAUGAUCAAUGCCCAUCAUCUACAGUCAAAUCUCUUGCAGGAUCUCUUGUCUGCACUGUUGGAGAAAUCUCAACUUGGCCAAGUGCAAGUAAUGUCAUCCCAGGCGAGGUUAAAUUCACUGUAGACAUACGGGCAAUGGAUGACAUAGGUCGAGAAGCUAUCAUUUAUGAAUAUUCAAACCGCAUGCAUCAGUUAUGCGACAGGCGUAAUGUUUUCUGCGUCAUUGAACGAAAGCAUGAUGCAAACGCGGUGGUUUGUGAUCCCGAACUGAGUGCACAGCUAAAUUCCGCAGCCCGUUCUGCUUUUAGAAAAAUCACUGGUGAGACAAUAGAUGAUGUGCCUGUACUGAUGAGUGGGGCCGGACACGAUGCCAUGGCGAUGUCUCAUCUAACCAAGGUCGGGAUGCUGUUUGUGCGUUGCCGUGGGGGAAUAAGUCAUUCCCCAGCAGAGCAUGUGUUGGACGAUGAUGUUUGGGCAGCUGGCAUGGCAGUCUUGGCAUUUCUGGAGACCCUCUUGUAAGUAGCGUUUGUAGAGAAGUAGGGAACAUUUGGUUUCCAAUUUGGUCAUGUAUGUGAAUAUGCAUUUUUUAUUGAAUUGUUUUUCCAUCAUUCCUUUUAUUGGAAAAAAUAUUAAUUCAUGUGUGAUUCCUUUACACUUCUGUGACUAUUCUUAUGCUCCGUUUGGAACCAGGGAAAUACUUCGGGAUAAAAUAUCAAGUAUAUGAUAAAUAUGGGGGGAAACGUCCGGAAAAAUAAAAUAUUGGUUCAAAACUUCAAAC